GGAGAAGCGGAAAGACGGCUUGCUUCUUAAUGGAAUAAGGGCAAUUGCUGGAGGGCUGGCUAUAUAUUGUACAGCGCUCGCUAAGUCGCUUCUUCUCUCGCCUUGUCUUCCUCUCCUUUCCGGCCGAAAUGGCCGCUACCGCUGUCAACCCUUUGCUCAAGGGAACCACAAGCUCAAACACGCGUGGCCUGCUUCGGGUGAUCAUAUUGGCGUUUAUUGCAGCAGCAGCAAUUUCCAGCAGGUUAUUCAGCGUAAUAAGAUUCGAAAGUAUCAUUCACGAAUUCGACCCGUGGUUUAAUUUUAGGGCAACAAAAUAUCUGGUUAAGCAUGGAUUCUACAGCUUUUGGGAUUGGUUUGACGACCGAACAUGGCACCCUCUUGGGCGUGUCACCGGCGGCACGUUAUAUCCUGGAUUGAUGGUAACCAGUGGUGCUAUUUACCAUCUACUUCGGUUUCUUUCCCUCCCGGUCGAUAUUCGUAACAUUUGCGUUCUUCUUGCGCCGGCCUUUUCAGGCCUAACGGCUCUGGCAAUGUAUCUACUUACGUCGGAGAUGUCUGUUUCACCGUCUGCUGGGCUCCUUGCUGCAGCAUUCAUUGGCAUCGCCCCCGGAUACAUCUCCAGAUCUGUCGCCGGAAGUUAUGACAAUGAGGCCAUUGCUAUUUUCCUCUUGAUCUUUACCUUUUUCCUCUGGAUAAAGGCUUUGAAGAAUGGAUCAAUCAUGUGGGGUGCUUUGACCGCCUUAUUCUACGGCUACAUGGUUUCAGCAUGGGGUGGAUACGUCUUCAUCACGAACUUGAUCCCUCUGCAUGCUUUUGUCCUGAUCUGUAUGGGGCGCUACAGUUCCCGUCUCUACAUUAGCUAUACCACAUGGUAUGCCCUGGGAACUUUGGCCAGCAUGCAGAUUCCCUUCGUUGGCUUUCUUCCGAUCCGAAACAGUGACCAUAUGGCGGCCUUGGGCAUCUUCGGGCUUCUUCAGCUCGUCUCUUUCGUGGAAUUCCUCCGGAGCCAAGUCCCUGGAAAACAAUUUCAAACUGUCCUCACCACGUUGGUCCUCGUAAUAUUCGGUGUCGCUUUCCUCGGCUUAGUUCUGCUCACAGUAACCGGAGUCAUUGCACCUUGGAGUGGCCGGUUCUACUCUCUUUGGGAUACCGGAUAUGCCAAGGUUCAUAUUCCCAUUAUCGCUUCUGUCUCAGAGCAUCAACCGACAGCUUGGCCAGCAUUUUUCUUUGACCUUAGUAUGCUCAUUUGGCUUUUCCCCGCUGGGGUCUACAUGUGCUUCAAUAAACUGAAGGAUGAGCAUGUUUUCGUCAUUAUCUACGCUGUUCUCGCCAGCUAUUUUGCUGGUGUCAUGGUACGACUAAUGUUAACACUGACGCCAGUUGUAUGUGUUGCUUCUGCCUUGGUCGUUUCUCAUAUUCUUGAGACGUACCUUCGACUUGGUUCUCCUGACCCAGAUGCACAAGCCAAACAGGCAAAUGAGAAAGUCUCUCAGAGCAGCCCACGAUCUACUCGCAAGCGAGUUGUCGGAGUAUAUUCGAGCGUCUCCAAAGCACUGGUUGCUGGUUCAUUUGUAGUUUAUCUACUGCUAUUUGUUGCUCAUUGUACGUGGGUUACGUCCAUGGCAUAUUCUUCUCCGUCUGUCGUUCUCGCAAGCAAACUUCCCGACGGAAGCCAGUACAUCAUUGACGAUUAUCGCGAGGCUUAUUACUGGCUUCGCCAAAACACCCCCAAAAAUGCAAAGAUCAUGUCAUGGUGGGAUUACGGCUACCAAAUUGGCGGAAUGGCGGACCGUCCUACCCUUGUCGAUAACAACACUUGGAAUAACACACAUAUUGCCACGGUUGGGAAAGCAUUAAGUUCACGCGAAGAAGUCAGCUACCCAAUCCUUCGUCAACACGAUGUCGACUACGUACUAGUUGUGUACGGCGGCCUGAUCGGCUAUUCUGGAGAUGAUAUCAACAAAUUUCUCUGGAUGGUUCGGAUUGCGGAGGGUUUAUGGCCAGAGGAGGUCAAAGAACGGGAUUUCUUCACGGACCGUGGCGAAUACAGAGUCGACGACCAAGCCACUCCUACAAUGCGCAACAGUCUCAUGUACAAACUCUGCUACUAUAAUGUCAAUGCUCUUUUCCCAGGUGGGCAAGGGCAGGAUCGCGUUCGCGGCGCCCGUCUUCCAUCCCAAGGGCCUCAGUUAACGACCCUUGAGGAAGCAUUCACAAGUGAGAACUGGAUUAUCCGAAUUUACAAAGUCAAAGACCUAGAUAACGUAGGCCGUGAUCACAACAGUGCUGUGGCGUUUGAAAAGGGGCAUAAGAAAAAGAAAGCAGCCAGCUUAAAAAGAAGAGGACGGCGGGUAUUGAGGACGGAGUAAAACGGUUCUUCCAUUUCUUCUCUUUUGUACUCUACUUGGUGGGCAUAUAUGCAUGGGGGUCCUUUUUCUUGGUAUGCUUCUUCCUUAAUUAGUGUAGAUCUUAGAAUACAUGCCUUUAUGGUCACAUAUAGCUUUAUUACCGUUGGCUU